AUGUCCAUACUUCGACUGCCUGAGUCCACGACGCUUUCCCAGUGCGAGACGCUUUGUGCGAUGACCUUUCCCGGUGGGGGCAGAGCCCUCAGAGGGGUGGUGCCGCAGUCGCGCAGCAACGGUGGACUUGACGGCACGGUGGAUUUGCUGAAGCUUCUGCAAUGGUACUCGACCUACAGCUUCCAGGAAGAGUUGAUCCUUUCCGAUGAGAUGAGGACCCUCCGGCGGCUCAGCCGUAAGUACGGAGUUCCCUGGGAAGAGGUGGACAACGUGAAGCGUCAGUUCGACAAUGUUGACGAGGAUGGUUCAGGCGACAUCACCUUUGAGGAGUUUAGCGACGUCUUGCGACGAGUUCUCCAGGUCCCUCAGCACUUGGAUCUUCCAGUGAAUCGCGUCAGGCACUUUUGGAAGGAGCUGGACCAUGAUGGAAGUGGGAAGGCCGACUUCACCGAAUUCCUGCCCUGGUGGCUCAAGUACUUCCACAACAAGGAGGGCCGGAAGAUGUUGGUCAAGCCUUUUGAGGACUUCUACCGCAACGUCCGAAACUUGAAGAACCCCGAUCCGCCUCCUUAUCGGAAAGGCAAGAAAGUGGUAACUGCUGCAUCGGGCGCUCCUUCAAAACAAGAUCACUUCCAGGAGAUCAACGCCCUGGCUCGAGGUGGUUCUGCCGGCUUUGGACGAGGUGUGUCUGGUGGCUCCAUGGGAUUUGGUCGACAAGCGUCUGCAGGAUCAAAUCCGGCUGGGGCAACUUGGAACCUUGGCAUGGUGUCCUGGCACCUUGGUUCCUAA